AUGGCAACCCAACAAGAAGAUACUUCAGCACAACGUUUUGUCCAAUUCAAACUAGUUCUUUUAGGAGAAAGCGCAGUUGGUAAAUCAUCUAUAGUACACAGGUUUGUCAAAAAUACAUUUGAUGAUGCGAGAGAAUCCACAAUUGGAGCAGCAUUCUUGACUCAAUCAAUCACGAUACCUGAAUCACAAACAACUAUAAAAUUUGAGAUAUGGGAUACUGCAGGUCAAGAACGUUACAAAUCUUUAGCACCAAUGUACUAUCGAAACGCUAACUCCGCAUUGUGUGUGUACGAUAUCACCAGCCGCAAUUCGUUUACAAAGGCACAAGAUUGGAUCAAGGAGUUGAAGAAACAAGCACCAAGUGAGAUUGUAGUAGCUUUGGUUGGUAACAAAGUGGAUUUAGAUGAUAACAGAGAAGUGCAACUGGACGAAGUCGACGAAUAUAUUUCGGAGUUGCAAGGAGACGGAUUCAAAAUUAUUAAAGCGGAAUGUUCAGCAAAGAAUGGCGACGGCGUAGUAGAACUAUUUGAAGCAAUAGGUAGAGCUUUACCAGUGGAAGAAGUACUUGCAGCAAAUGCAAAUAGAUCAAGGCAAGGUGAAGUUGGAGGAAGAAGACCUGGUGGUGUUGACUUGAACAGACCUAAACGAGCACAAGCUCAAAGUAAUUCAUGCUGUUAG